AUGGCAGUUUUCUCCCCCCCUCCCCCGCUGCAGACUUUGCAGGGCGCGAGCCUGGCCAGCACAGUGGGCAACGAGAUUGCCAGCAAGGCUUCGGCUCUUGGCGGCACGGCUCAAACGGGGCGUAUUUCGUGCCUUUUCGCCAGAUUUCCGGAUGUGGGCUUUGGGCGUUUAUGGGUUUUGGCACCACUUGUGCGGCUGUUUUGGUUGCCCCGGAGUCCCUCAAACCCCCCAAAAAGAACAAACAACAAAAAGCACCCUCAGCGGGCUGCUUGUCCUUCAGGUGGUGAGAUUGCCAAAGUGGGCCCUUUAGCCGCUGGCCUUGCGAAAGCCGCGUGGGAGGAGAUGAAGAAGUUCAUCAGCUGCUUCGCCGAGUCCUUCACUUUGCGCCCUGCCCUGCAAGAUUUCCUUUAG